CAUCAAAGCAAGAUAACACUAACCAAGAAAUGGCUUUCACGGUAUAUUAUCAUUGGAACAGCUCCCCUGGAGCGAGCUGCCUUGUUAAGCAACGGAUCUGCGGCCCAGCUUCCACCAUACACAGUCCUCUCAGACGCCCCCAACAACAUUUAUCUUGUUGUACCCCCUCUGUACAGAUAAAUAUCACGGACAAAAGGCCUUGAUAUCUGGGUAAGUCAAAACAAUCUAAUAGGCUGAAAGGAAGUCCUUGCUACUUUGAUGAAAUUCUCCCGGGACCUUGUACUGCAAACACUCUAUUCGACAUACAGUACCAUCCGAGUCGUUCGAGAAAUAUAAAGGCUGAGUGGGGAUAUUUACUUCUGUUAACAUCACCAUAUCUCACCCAACAUCGAAACGUAGCAGACUUGCAGCUGUACGCUACAAGGGUUCACAAAAUGCCUUCGACAAAAAGCAAGAAUAUCAUCAUCACUGGAGGAGCUCGCGGACUCGGCCGUUGCACAGCCCGGCAUUUCCUUUCGCUACCGGCAUCGCACCGUGUGUUCAUCAUCGAUUAUGACGUCGAAGAGCUUGAAUACGCUGUGACCCAGCAAUUCUCUGCUUACGCUCCGCGCCUCGGCUCCACGAUAGCCAAUCUGCGCAACCCAGAAGAGAUCCGAUCCGCUGUUGCCAAAGCCGCGGAAUUCUUUGGCGGCCGCAUAGAUGUGUUGAUCAACAACGCUGGAGUCGCUAGAGGAUUCUUCAAUGCAGGCAAUGGAACCAUGGAAGACGUUGCCACGGGAGAGCAAUGGGAAGCCUAUAUCCAGACCAACCUGAGCGCCCCAUUCUACUUGAGCCAAGCAGUUAUUCCGUUCAUGAAGAGCAAGAACACUCAAAAGGAUGGUACCUACGGUAUCGACCGCGCCAAGGACCUGAAGCGCACCGAGGAGUUCAAUCAGUUACCCGUCAACCUCCACGGGGAUGACAAGUUGGACGAGGGGGGCUGCAUCAUCAACAUCGCCUCCUUCCGUGCCCACCAAUCCGACCCAGACUGCGAAGGUUACGCCGCUAGCAAGGGGGGAGUUUUGGCCCUCACACAAGCCAUGGCCGUCUCGUGCCAGCGAUGGGGCAUUCGCGUCAUGGCCAUCUCGCCAGGGUGGGUCAGCGUCGACCACGAGUGCAAGGCUCGUGACGAGGAGGCGAGAGACAGGCAGAACGGGGCUUAUAAAGAGGUUGCGCCGCAUGAAGAUGGUGCAGUGAAGCUGCGCAUUAAGAGCUGGGAGGAAGACCUUGAGGAGCUCUAUCAUAAACAGCAUCCAGCUGGCAGGGUGGGGCGCGGCGAAGACGUGGCUGAAAUGGUGGAGUAUGUUAUAGGUGCUGGGUUCUUGAGCGGACAGGAAUUGAUCUUGGAUGGAGGUGCGAAUAGGAGGAAGAACCCGAAUAUUUGAGGUGGCCCGCAGAUCAUGGGUCAGUUUUAGAGACUGACUUGCGAAGCUAUCGCACUAUUCUUCAAAUCUGUAAGAGAGUUUUCUAAAACUCCGGUAUUAGCCAAAAAAAGUAGAACAGAAUAAGGCCAGGGCGGAGUUGUUGUUUUCAAGUACAGUUACAAAUACAAUAGCCACAUGAUGCCAUUGGGUGAUUUGAUAGACAGUAGGAAAUGCGGCGGUGAAUACGCCCACGUGCUGGAUUGAUGUCCACGCAGUUAAUUUAAAGUUACAGAUGAAAUAAAAUGUUGUGAUAGCUGCUGCUCGUUGGUGGCCAGUCCAUUUAUAUGGCCGAUGCACUUUCUGUGCUACUCUAGAACCUCUGAGAACACGCCGCUGUGUAAUGCUCUUACAAAGCCUUAGCUCCCCG